ACCGCAGUUACUGCCUAGAACUACAUCCCCAGCAACGGGCACCAUGGACAAGCAGGAGUCACGGUGCCCUCGGCCGGGCCCCCUCAGACUAUUUGUCCUUACUUGCCUCCUGAUCCUGGCAGUCAUCUUGACGUAUCCUAUGCUCAGGACCUUCACCCUCUGGUUCCACUCCUCCCUCACCAGGAACCAUGUCUCUGGCACUUACUCCAUUGUUUUUGUCAACUGUCCCAAUGAGCAAAUUGCCAAAGAUGUUGCCAGGGCCAUAUUGGAUAAGAAGUUGGCCACUUCAGUGAACAUCUUGCCUAAGACGUCGUCACUGUACUUUUGGAAGGGAGAAAUAGAAGAAUCCACUGAGAUCUUGUUGCUAAUAAAGACAAAGACUUCCAAGGUCUCCAGGCUGUCCACCUAUGUGAGGUUGGCUCAUCCUUUUGAAAUCCCAGAGGUCUUCAGUAUUGCCAUGGACCACGGAGAUGCUCGCUAUUUGAAGUGGCUUGAGGAGGGUAUGAAGGAGAACUAAGCAGAGAAACUGCAGGCUGCGGGCUGGCUGAGGCCUUUCCUGACUGCUCUGGGAGAAGCCGGCCUCUGCCUUCCCAGGGGUUCCUAACAGCACAGAGGUGACCUGUGCAUGCCCAAUGAAGGGCUGAGAAUUUCAAGGUGUGAAGUGAAGGCCAGCCAGGUCCGUAAGAGCCAAGUGCAGCCUGUCUUGGAGUGCUGUGUAUUUUCAGGCAGCCAGAGGGUGUGAGGGUGAGGAGUGGGGGCAGAGGGGCAGUGGUAGUGAGGGCACUGGGCCUACUACCGUAAGUGCCCGGAUGUAAUCACUCCUCUGCUUCCGUGGGAACAGAGAGCCUUUCUCACCUGUGUGUGUGUGGGAUAAAUGUCUUCCAAAAAACAAACAA